AGUUGAAUGCCAGGGACUAGAUUAAUAAAACGUGACUGGGUCAAGGACCACGUUUACUUGGUGCAAUUUCCCCGCGCUGGGUGCAUCCCAUCGCCGUCGCCGUUCGCGCUCAAAGUGGAAACAUGGCUUAGGAUGGCUAAUAUACCAUAUACGAACAUCAGCAAUAACUUCUCAAAGUUUUCCGACAAAGGCCAAAUACCAUUUAUUGAAGUGAAUGGCCGAGAAAUUGCCGAUAGCAACUUCAUUAUUGAUCAUCUGAUUGAGGAAUUACAUAAGAAGGACAUUGAUGACCGUCUAAGUCCAGAAGAAAAAGCUAAUGCAAGAGCAUAUCAUGCACUGAUUGAAGACAGCCUGCGAUGGGUACUGAUUGAGCUGCGAAGUCGAGAUAAUAAAUGGUUCGCUAGCAACAUGGGAUUUUUACCUCACUUUGAAGGCUUCAAGAAAAUGGCAUUCAAAAAUUUCGUCUGUGAAAUGAUACGGAGAAAACUGCAAGCGCAAGCAAAAUUCCAAGGAAUGGGUCGAAACUCUCCAGAAGAAGUUACAAUACUUGCUAAAAAGGACCUUGAUGCGUUGAGCCAGUUUCUGGGCAAUAAACAGUAUUUCUUUGGGGAUCAACCAGUGACGCUCGACUGCGAGAUAUUCGCACACUUAGCGCAAUUUUUAUACACACCGCUUCCCGCUUCACCGGAAUUGAGAACGUACAUUCAGGAACACUGUCAGAAUUUGGUUGCCUUCGUUGAGCGAAUGAAGGCGAGAUACUGGCCAGAUUGGGAAGAAGCAACGAACAAACGUUCAAUGGAUAGUGACUGGAAGAAACACAUUAAUAAUCCAAAUUUGGAUGCUUCAUUUCCUCCAAAUGUAGACACUUCGAUUCAACGAAACAUAGAAAUUAAGUACACGUCUUAG